GGGUCCGGGGCGGGAUUGCGCCCCCGCCCUGGGGAGGGGGCUGCAGAGGCCGGAAGCUGAGGAGCGGGGCCAGGCUGCAGCCGGAGCCGGAGCCGUAGGUCCUGGGAGCCCGCGCCGCCCGCCUCCUUUUGCCUUCCCCUCCCCUCCCAGCGGCCUCUAGGGGCUCCGCGGGCCCCGGGGCCCCCAUCGCCUCUCCCAGCCCUCCCGGAGCGGCCGCCCGCUGCCCUAGCCUGGCGCGGACCCUCGGCGGGCCCUGGCGCGGCCUUGAAGCUCUCCCCGGCGGUCCUCUGCUCCGGCCUCCGCGGGAUUGAUUGAUGCCCGAAGCGCCGCUGCGCUCCCGCAGGUGUAGGUACUGACUAGGUUGAUAAUUUACCAUGGCACUCUACUUUGAUCACCGGAUAGAGGCCCCUGACUCAGUUGGGUCUCCUUCCCAUAUGACAUGGCAUCCUCUUCAUCCAUUGUUGGCAGUUGCUUCUGUCAGCACGACUUCUGGAGGAAGUGUAGAUGUAUACCUAGAACAGGGUGAGCAUGUGCCUGAAACACAUAUUGAGAGAUCAUUCCAAGCUAUGUCCCUGAGCUGGCACCCAACUCGAAUGAUCCUGGCUAUUGGCUGGGAAGCUGGAGAAGUCAUAGUAUUUAACAAGCAAGAUAAGGAACAGCACACAGUCCCCACCACCCAUGCUGCUGCUAUUACAGUCCUGAACUGGAGCACAAAUGGAAAUUGUCUUGUGUCUGGGGAUAGGCUUGGUGUUCUGGUAUUAUGGCGGUUAGACCAAAGAGGCAGAGUACAAGGAACACCUUUACUGAAACAUGAGUAUGGAAAACACCUUACUCAUUGCAUCUUUCGGCUUCCCCCACCUGGCGAGGACUUGGUUCAGUUGGCAAAAGCAGCUGUGAGUGGUGAUGAAAAAGCACUGGACAUGUUUAAUUGGAGAAAAAGUGGCUUUGGAGGUUUCCUAAAAAUGGGAUCUCAGGAGGGAUUAUCCUUCUUUGUCAGCCUGGUGGAUGGAACAGUGCACUAUGUGGAUGAAAAAGGAAAGACUACCCGUGUGGUGUCUGUAGAUAGUCCGAUCCAAAUGAUGUUUUAUAUUGAGAAGAGAGAGGUAUUGGUGGUGGUGACAGAGAAUCUUCUCUUGUCACUUUAUACGGUCACUUCGGAGGGGGAAGCUGAAGAGAUCUUGAAGGUCAAAUUAAGUGGAAAAACAGGUCACUCUGCAGAUAUCAUUUUGAUUGAAGGUAGUCUUCUCAUUACAGCAAUUGGGGAAACAGUCCUCAGGUUGUGGGACUUGGAACGAGGAGAGAAUUACGUGCUUAGUCCAGAGGAGAAGUUUGGUUUUGAGACAGGAGUAAAUAUAAACUGUGUCUCUUACUGCAAGGCUAAAGGUCUUCUGGCAGCAGGUACCAAUAAGGGGCAAGUUGCUAUGUGGAAGAAAGUACCAGUGGGCAAUCAGAACUGUCAGGUCCUAGAAGGCAAGGACAAGUGGACUCUGCAAACCCCAACUGAGCUGGAAGGGAAUAUCACUCAGAUAAAGUGGGGCUCCAGAAAGAACCUUCUGGCAGUGAAUAGUAUCAGCUCUGUGGUCAUCCUCAGCGAGCAGGCAAUGUCAUCCCACUUCCACCAGCAGGUGGCAGUGGUUCAGGUGUCACCGAAUCUGCUGAACGUGACCUUCUUCUUCACAGGAAUGACAUACAGCCUGCGCACAGAAAUGCACAUCAGUGGGGCUUUUGCCACCAAGGAUGCUGUUGCAGUCUGGAAUGGGAAGCAGGUUGCUAUCUUUGAGCCCUCUGGAGCCUCAUUACGAAAUGCGGGUUCCUUCCCAUGUGAGUCUCCUGUGCUGGCAAUGCAUGAAGAAAAUGUUUAUACAGUAGAGCCAAAUCGAGUUCAAGUUCGCACUUGGCAGGGAACUGUCAAACAGCUGCUAAUGUUUUCAGAGACAGAGGGAAACCCAUGCUCCUUGGAUGUCUGUGGGAAUUUCCUGGUCGUAGGAACAGACUUGGCUCACUUUAAAAGUUUUGAUCUCUCCCGAAGAGAGGCCAAAGUGCAUUGCAACUGCAAGAACCUGGCAGAGUAUCCGGGCAUAGGCGGCAUUUCCUCCAUCAAAUGUAACUCCAAUGGUAACAAAAUCAGCAUCCUCCUUCACAAGCCUGACAAUAGUCUUGAUUCCAAAAUGUGCUUCUAUGAUGUUGAAAUGGAUACAGUAACUUUCUUCGACUUCAAGACUGGACAGACUGCUGGAAAAGAAGCAUUCUCCUUUAUGGGAGAAGAGAAUAAUAAGAAUCCUAUUUUGGGGGAUCUGAGUCUACUUGAUCAUGUUCCAAUCAGCCACUUCUGGGAUCAGAGUGAGCCAAGACUUUUUGUAUGUGAAGCAGUCCAGGAAGCUGUUACUCCCCAUCAGCAACCUGCUGAAAAGAAGCAGCCACUCACGGAGAAUUCUAGUAGCAUGGCAGAUGUUUUGAUUGUAUCAUUCUUCAGCACUGAAGAACAUGGCCUCUUGCUUCAAGACAGCUUUCCGCGGCCUUCUGCCUACCAGGCUCUUCUGGGUAUUGAGGUACCACAUUAUUACUUCACAAAAAAACCAGGUGAAACAGAUAAAGAAGAUCAAGUGGAUUCUACGACUCACGGAAUCCCCCAAAUGGUAGGCAAGAAACCCCUACGGGAUUUUAUUGGGCUAGAAGAAUGUGACAAGAUGACCCGGGAAGCCAUGCUAAAUUUUAGCUUCUUUGUCACCAUUGGAGAUAUGGAUGAAGCUUUCAAAUCCAUCAAGCUCAUCAAAAGCGAAGCCGUCUGGGAGAACAUGGCGCGUAUGUGUGUGAAAACGCAGCGGCUCGACGUGGCCAAGGUGUGCCUGGGGAACAUGGGCCAUGCCCGAGGAGCCAAAGCCCUACGAGAGGCAGAACAAGAACCGGAGCUGGAAGCAAGAGUGGCUGUCCUCGCGAUUCAGCUGGGCAUGCUGGAGGAUGCAGAGCACCUGUAUAAAAAAUGUAAACGCUAUGACUUGCUGAACAAAUUCUACCAGGCUUCAGACCAGUGGCAGAAAGCUGUGGAAAUAGCUGAGACCCAUGACCGAGUUCACCUCCGUACCACCUACUACAACUAUGCCAAGCACUUAGAGGCCACAGCAGAUUGCAGCCUGGCACUAAACUACUAUGAGAAGUCAGACACACAUAGGUUUGAGGUGCCAAGGAUGCUUUCAGAAGAUCUGCAGGCUUUAGAGAUUUACAUCAAUAAAAUGAAAGACAAGAGCCUGUGGAAGUGGUGGGCCCAGUACUUAGAAAGCCAGGCAGACAUGGACUCAGCAUUGCGGUAUUAUGAAUUGGCUCAGGAUUAUUUCUCUCUUGUCCGCAUUUACUGCUUCCAAGGAAACAUUCAGAAGGCUGCUGAAAUAGCCAAUGAAACAGGGAACUGGGCAGCAUCUUAUCAUCUGGCUCGUCAGUAUGAAAGCCAAGAGGAAAUCAAACAGGCUGUCCACUUCUACACCAGGGCCCAGGCCUUUAAUAAUGCCAUCCGUUUAUGUAAGGAGAACAACCUAGAUGACCAGCUGAUGAAUUUGGCUUUGUUGAGUUCCCCAGAAGACAUGAUUGAAGCAGCACGGUAUUAUGAGGAGAAGGGAGAACAAAUGGACAGAGCAGUCAUGUUGUAUCACAAGGCUGGCCACUUUUCCAAGGCCUUGGAACUGGCAUUUGCCACCCAGCAGUUUGUGGCUCUGCAGCUGAUUGCCGAGGAUUUGGAUGAGAAGUCUGACCCAGCCCUCCUAGCCCGCUGCUCUGACUUCUUCAUUGAGCACAAUCAGUAUGAGAAGGCAGUGGAACUGUUGUUGGCAGCCAAGAAGUACCAGGAUGCCCUUCAGCUUUGCCUGGAGCAAAACAUGACCAUCACUGAGGAGAUGGCAGAGAAGAUGACAGUCUCCAAAGACUCGAAGGACCUUUCUGAGGAGUCACGGCGGGAGCUGCUGGAACAAAUCGCAAACUGCUGCAUGCGGCAAGGCAACUACCACUUAGCCACCAAGAAGUACACGCAGGCGGGCAACAAACUGAAGGCCAUGAGAGCCCUGCUGAAGUCUGGGGACACCGAGAAAAUUGUAUUUUUUGCGGGCGUCUCUAGGCAAAAAGAAAUUUAUAUCAUGGCCGCCAACUAUUUACAGUCUCUGGACUGGCGCAAAGAACCAGAGAUUAUGAAGAACAUCAUCAGUUUCUAUACCAAAGGGAGGGCCCUAGACCUUUUGGCUGGCUUUUAUGAUGCCUGUGCUCAGGUGGAGAUUGAUGAAUACCAAAACUAUGACAAAGCCCAUGGAGCACUGACCGAGGCCUACAAGUGCCUUUCAAAGGCCAAGGCAAAGAGUCCCAUGGAGCAAGAGACCAAACUAGCACAGCUACAAAGUAAGAUGACCCUUGUGAAGAGAUUCAUCCAAGCCCGAAGAACUUACACAGAAGAUCCAAAAGAGUCGGUUAAGCAAUGUGAACUUCUCCUAGAAGAGCCAGAUCUGGAUAGUACUAUCCGGAUAGGGGAUGUCUAUGGAUUCCUUGUUGAACAUUACUUGCAAAUGGAGGAAUACCAAAUGGCCUACAAAUACCUUGAGGAGAUCCGGAAGAGGCUUCCAUCUGCAAAUCUGACAUACUAUGUGAACCAGCGGACCAUGGAUGCAGUACAUCGAGGACUAGGCAUCCCACUGAGUCGCCUCAUGCCUGAGCGAAUCCGCCAUAACAGUACGGAAGAUGGCAAGGAGGUAGAUGAGGAAGUAAUAGAGGAGGUGGAGGAUGACUCCUGACUCACUACCCAGAUACACAGCAGUGGCAUUAAGAGCAUCUGCAUCAUCUACUUGCUUUACCUGUGUACUCCUACAGUUGAAAAAGCAAUUCCUUGCUGGAAGAAAAACAAAAACAAAAAACACCCAAAACUUUUUCUUGUUUAGGCACCCAGAGCUGCAGCAAGAACUAGGAAACUUCAGCAUGGAAGUGCCUGAGGGGAAAGAAGACUGCUAAUAGUGGUGGUUGUUUUGUUUUCAAAUUUCCACAUUUUAAAAAAUUCUGAUUUUAUAUUAAAAAAAGUUGUUUUUA